CCACGGCGCGGCUCGGCUCGGAGCCCCCCGGCCAUGGCUGAGAAAGUUUCGGCGGCGGAACGGCCGCGGGGCGCCGGCUCCUCUUGCUCCGGCUCCUCCUCCGGCUCCGAAACUCUCUCCGAGGAGGGGGAGCCCGGACCCGGGCCGGCAGCGGGGCGGCGGCUGCCGCGAGAGGAGCCGGGGAGCCCCGGCGGGGGGGCGGAGGCCGCCGCAUCGCUGGAGGAGCGGGACGAGGAGCUUGAUCACAUACUAUCCCCCCCACCUAUGCCUUUUCGAAAAUCCAGCAAUCCCGAGGUCUCUUCUGGCCCUGGAAAACCUUUUAAAUUUAAGAGGCAACUGAGUGAAGAUGGGAGACAGCUCAGAAGAGGAAGCCUUGGAGGAGCUCUGACUGGCAGGUAUCUGCUUCCCAAUGCAAACGGACAGCAGCUGUGGCAACCUGCAGAAACCUCUAAUCUUGUUCGCAUGCGCUGCCAAGCACUUGGGCAGUCAGCACCUUCACUUACUGCUAGUUUGGAAGGGGCGCCUCAGAAGAAUCAUUUCAGCUCAACACGUCACCGUCAGAGACUAGUGGAACCAGCGGCUUCAAAAAAGGAGUUGAGCCUUCCAAGAAGAGGAAGUUUUCUCACCCCAAGGAGCCUGAGCCCAACCCCAACAAGCCCUUGCAGCCCAUGCAGUCCUCUGUUCGCUUUUCAUUUUUGGAGUUGUAGAACAAGCAACAGGAAGAGUUUGAUGGGCAAUGGCCAGUCUCCAGCUCUGCCUCGGCCUCAUUCACCUCUCUCAGCUCACACAGGAAACAGUCCUCAAGAUAGCCCUAGGAAUUUUUCUCCCAGUGCCUCAGCCCACUUUUCUUUUGCACGAAGUCAUGGGCAUCGAAGUGACAGGACUGAUGGUCGCCGCUGGUCUUUGGCCUCCCUUCCUUCUUCUGGCUAUGGUACAAACACACCCAGCUCAACUGUUUCUUCAUCCUGUUCGUCCCAAGAAAAGCUGCACCAGUUACCAUACCAACCAACACCUGAUGAACUACAUUUUCUAUCUAAACAUUUCUGUACCACUGAAAGCAUUGCGAGUGAUAACAGGUGCAGGACCACUGCAAUGCGUCCGCGCUCCAGAAGUCUCAGCCCUGGACGUUCUCCUGCCUGCUGCGACAAUGAAAUAAUUAUGAUGAACCAUGUCUACAAAGAAAGGUUCCCAAAGGCCACAGCUCAGAUGGAGGAAAGGCUUCAGGACAUUAUAACAAAUCAUUCUCCAGAAAACGUCCUUCCCCUGGCAGACGGAGUGCUCAGUUUUACCCACCAUCAGAUCACAGAACUGGCUCGAGAUUGUUUGGAUAAAUCCCACCAGGGCCUCAUCACGUCACGAUACUUCCUUGAAUUACAGCAGAAAUUAGACAAAUUGCUACAGGAGGCACAGGAGCGAUCGGAGAGUGGAGAACUGGCAUAUAUUAAGCAACUGGUCCGAAAAAUCCUAAUAGUUAUCGCUCGUCCUGCUCGUUUACUGGAAUGCCUGGAAUUUGAUCCCGAAGAGUUUUACUAUCUUUUGGAAGCAGCUGAGGGCCAUGCUAAAGAAGGGCAAGGCAUUAAAACAGACAUUCCUCGAUACAUUAUUAGUCAGCUGGGCUUAAAUAAAGAUCCUCUGGAAGAAAUAGCUCAGCUAGCUAACUGUGACAGUGGGACAGCAGAAACUCUGGAAAUGGAUGAAUCAAUAAGUACCUCUAAUACCUCACUGCAGCUCCGGAGGAAACCUCGGGAAAGUGAUUUUGAAACCAUUAAACUGAUCAGUAAUGGAGCUUAUGGUGCGGUUUAUUUUGUGAGACAUAAAGAAACCAGACAAAGAUUUGCCAUGAAGAAAAUUAAUAAACAAAAUCUCAUCCUUCGAAACCAGAUCCAACAGGCUUUUGUUGAGCGCGAUAUCCUGACAUUUGCAGAAAAUCCUUUUGUUGUCAGCAUGUAUUGCUCCUUUGAAACAAGACGUCAUUUAUGUAUGGUCAUGGAAUAUGUAGAAGGUGGAGACUGUGCUACUUUGAUGAAGAAUAUGGGUCCCUUACCUGUAGACAUGGCAAGGAUGUACUUUGCAGAGACUGUUCUGGCUUUGGAAUACCUUCAUAAUUAUGGAAUUGUACACAGGGAUUUGAAGCCAGACAAUUUAUUGGUAACGUCCAUGGGCCAUAUAAAGCUUACAGACUUUGGCCUGUCAAAGGUGGGGCUAAUGAGUUUGACUACCAAUCUGUAUGAGGGUCACAUUGAGAAGGAUGCCAGAGAAUUCCUUGAUAAACAAGUCUGUGGUACACCUGAAUACAUAGCUCCUGAAGUAAUACUGAGACAGGGUUAUGGAAAACCAGUGGACUGGUGGGCUAUGGGGAUUAUUCUUUAUGAAUUUCUUGUUGGGUGUGUGCCAUUCUUUGGAGAUACACCAGAAGAGCUGUUUGGACAAGUAAUCAGUGAUGAAAUCAACUGGCCUGAAAAGGAUGAAGCACCACCUCCAGAUGCUCAGGAUCUCAUUACCCUGCUGCUCAGGCAGAAUCCUUUGGAAAGACUGGGAACAGGUGGUGCAUAUGAAGUAAAGCAGCAUCAGUUCUUCAGGAGCCUUGACUGGAAUAGUCUGCUGAGGCAGAAAGCAGAAUUUAUUCCACAGUUGGAGUCUGAAGAUGACACAAGUUAUUUUGAUACUCGUUCUGAAAAAUACCACCAUAUGGAAACUGAGGAAGAAGAUGACACAAAUGAUGAAGAUUUUAAUUUGGAGAUAAGACAGUUUUCUUCAUGUUCACACAGAUUUUCUAAAGUUUUUAGUAGCAUAGACCGAGUCACUCAAACACAAGGUGAAGAAAAGGAAGAUACAGGAGACAAAACAAAGAGUGUAACAUUGCCUUCAGUGGAAUCUUUAAGCUGGAGUUCAGAAUAUUCUGAAAUACAACAAAUAUCUACAUCCACCUCCUCGGACACUGAGAGUAGCAGGCAGCGACAUAGUUCUGGUUUACUGCCAAAGCUGGCCAUAUCAGCUGAAGGAGAACAGGAUGAUUCUACCUGCUUAGUGAGGCCUCGGGAAGAACAGGAAAAGCCUCCAUUAGUGAAUGAGGAAACAGUGCAAGAUGAACCUGAAGUAACCACUCCAGCAAGUACCAUCAGCAGCUCCACACUAUCAGUUGGUAGUUUUUCAGAACACUUAGAUCAGAUAAAUGGAAGAAGUGAGAGUGUGGACAGCACAGAUAACUCCUCAAAACAACCCAGUGAAGUUGCAUCUCAUGUGGCUCGUCAGCGAUUAGAAAGCACAGAGAAAAAGAAGAUCUCUGGAAAAGUCACGAAGUCCCUUUCUGCAAGUGCUUUGUCCCUCAUGAUUCCAGGAGAUGUGUUUGGUGUUUCUCCUCUGGGAAGUCCUAUGUCACCUCAUUCACUAUCAUCUGAUCCUUCAUCCUCCCGUGACUCCUCUCCCAGUCGUGAUUCUUCAAUUGCUGCUUCAAGUCCUCAUCAGCCAAUAGUAAUUCACAGUUCAGGAAAAAAGUAUGGCUUCACCAUCCGAGCGAUCAGGGUUUACGUGGGUGACAGUGAUAUCUACACUGUGCACCAUAUUGUUUGGAAUGUGGAAGAAGGAGGUGCAGCACACCAGGCUGGUUUAAAAGCUGGGGACCUGAUUACGCAUAUCAAUGGAGAACCAGUGCAUGGUCUUGUUCAUACAGAAGUCAUUGAGUUGUUGUUAAAGAGUGGCAACAAAGUGUCAAUUAUGACAACCCCAUUUGAAAACACUUCCAUCAAGACAGGACCUGCCAGGAGAAACAGCUACAGAAGCAGAAUGGUUAGGCGCAGUAAGAAAACCAAGAAAAAAGAGAGUUUAGAGAGGAGAAGAUCUCUAUUUAAAAAGUUGGCCAAGCAACCCUCACCUCUUCUUCACACCAGCAGAAGUUUCUCCUGCCUGAACCGAUCACUUUCAUCAGGGGAGAGCUUGCCUGGGUCUCCAACCCACAGCUUGUCUCCGAGGUCACCUACCCCAAGUUACCGCUCCACUCCUGAUUUUCCGUCUGGUACUAAUUCUUCCCAGAGUAGUUCCCCUAGUUCAAGUGCUCCCAAUUCUCCAGCUGGCUCAGGACACAUAAGACCCAGCACUCUUCAUGGCUUGGGUCCAAAGCUUGGUGGGCAAAGAUACAGAUCUGGAAGACGCAAAUCAGCUGGCAGCAUCCCUCUCUCUCCUCUGGCACGGACACCUUCUCCAACACCCCAGCCCACAUCCCCUCAGCGAUCUCCAUCACCAUUGCUAGGGCAUUCACUUGGAAAUACGAAAAUAGCUCAGUCUUUUCCUAGCAAAAUGCACUCCCCUCCAACUAUUGUAAGGCAUAUUGUUAGGCCAAAGAGUGCAGAGCCACCACGAUCUCCACUCUUAAAGAGAGUCCAAUCUGAAGAGAAACUUGCACCCUCUUAUGCCAGUGAUAAGAAACACUUAUGUUCACGAAAACACAGUCUGGAGGUGACCCAGGAAGAAGUGAAUAGAGAAUUGUCCCAGAGGGAAGUAACUCUUCAGAGUUUGGAGGAGAAUGUAUCAGAUGUGCCAUCACUCACACGAGUCAGGCCUGUAGAACAGGGCUGCUUGAAACGUCCCAUUUCUCGUAAAUUAGGUAGGCAAGAAUCCAUCGAUGAGCUAGACAGAGAGAAGCUGAAGGUCAAGAUAGUUAUGAAAAAGCAAGAUUUUGCUGAAAAAGCAAAUGCUGCUCUACAUGAACAUAGCAGCGAACCAGAAAAUCCCAAUACCUUAAGAUUGGAAGAAAGAGACAAAAAAGCAUUCCAGAAGGUAUUAGAAAGAUCAAAUCAGUUUGAAACAAAAAUCGUUGCUUUGGAGACCCAGUCAGCUGGUGGCAUACUCAAAGACACCCUUCAAAAGAAUGCAAACUUGAGAUCAAAUGAGUGCAUUGCUUUAGAAGCACAGACGUUGUGUCAUGGGCCUCCGCUUAGUGAAUUCAGUCACCUUUCCUGUGACUUCAAAAGAACUUCCCCUCCAUGUACACUGCAGGAUGUACCAUCGCAGUCCUCUGACAGGAUGUUUAAUGGAAAGGGAGAAAACACGGAUAAAAAUGUACCAACAAAAGAAUUUGUCAAAUAUGAAAGAUUAGAUGGCAAACUUGCAAAUAUUGAUUAUCUUAGAAAGAAACUGUCCUUUGAAGAAAAAGAUGAGAGUGUCUGUCCAGUGCUAAAACCCAAGCUGACAACAAAUGUUCACGAAUGCCUUCAACUUAACACAGUCAGACCCAUAAGCAUACAGCAGGAUUCCACUACAGUUGCUGAGGGUAGAGCAUUCAUCAACAGUGCACAUGCUGCUCAGAUUAAUUCCGUUUCUUUUGUUCCCCUCAAAACCUUGAAUGGCCGAGCAGAAACGGGUGUGGAAAAAUCAGCCGUGAUUUCCACGGAGUCACCUGUCAGAAAAAGUCCAUCAGAAUAUAAACUUGAUGGGAGGUCUGUUUCCUGCCUGAAACCAAUAGAAGGCACACUAGACAUUGCCUUACUUUCUGGACCACAGGCUUCGAAGACCGAGUUGCCUGUGUGUGUACUGCCAGAAGGACAGAGUGCCAGCAGUGAUGCGGGAUCUUCUAAACCUGCAGCACCACAAGAGGGUGGUGGAAAGGCAGAACUGGCCUGUCAGAAAGAGCAGUUGUUAAGCUAUUCAAAAUCUAGCAAAAUUAACAUAUCAGAACCUCAGGUUCUGCAAAUAAGCAAGAGUUCUCCAAAUCCACCGGUCAUGCCUGUGGCUGCAGAAGUAGUGACAGAGAAAAAGGCUCCUAGUCCAGCUGCUAAAAUCAGUGUUUCUGUUGAAGCUGUUCAAAAGAAAGAUACCUCUCCUUCAAAACAGAAGGACAGUUCAGUGGAGGCAAAGUCCAGCACUAUUCAGAGUCAGAGUGUUAAAACUACCCAAACAUACUGCAAACUUUCUACUGUUCAGAGCACUCCUGAAAAAGCUCUAGGCAAAGAGAAGCAAGGGCAAAAGGAGUUGCCUGCCAGACAGCCAAUAACCCAAAGAAAUUGUGAACCUACCCCUGCAAAGGUGGAGGUGAUCAGGGAGUCAUCUCUGAAGGUAUCUGUCUCAGAUGUUCUGACAACAAGCUACUCCAAAAGCAAUGAAAAAAAAUCUGCUGAUUUUGCCAUUCCAUCUCAGAUACAAGGAAAAAUGCAAGCAGCUGGUCCCAAGGCACAACCUAAGGAUAGCAAAGAUGCUCUAAAACAGUUAAACAAAGAAGACACUGUUGUCGCUAGUUUUGUAGAAAGGGAUAUAACCAAGCAGAAAGUUCUCAGUGAGUCUAAGAAAGUUACUAUAGAGUUAAAGAAUGAAACUCCUCCAUCCAAACGACCCUCAAUGGAUUGUGAUCCUAAAAAUGAGAAGUCUAUACUGCUGUCCUCUGUGCAGAAGGACAACACCAAAGAUUUGGGAAAGAAAGAUCAGAAACAGGUCCCUGACAUAAGGCUACAGACCACUGAGAGAACGCAGUCCAGCCAAGUUGCUCAGCAACAACUUACUGCUCUGGUCUCCCCUGCUGCGAGAGAUGCUGUAAGCAGAAACUGUGCUGUAGAUGUUCAUGUAGGUAUUCAAGAACACGUGAAGCCUGCUGCCACCUGUGUGGAAAGCAGCAGUAAUAAGCUCAGGCCUGCUUCUGAUGUGACUUCCUCUAAGUCUAAGCACUUGGAUAAACAGACCUUUUCACAAAAACCAUGCACUCCAGAAACAAAAGAAAAAGAAACAAUUAUUCAGGUGUCUGUCAGCUCACGGAAAGAUGGCAAACAUGCCAGUAAAAAUGUGCCAGAUCCCCCUUCUUUUGUUCCAGGUUCUUUGAGAAAAAUGAACAAUGAACAUGUUCAGGUUGAAAAGCCUGUGACUAUUGAGCAUGGGUUGGUAUCCACCCUUCAAGUGAGCACCAUCACUGCUGACACCAAACCCAAAUCCUUUGCUCUUGGCCCAGGACCAACAGGCCCAGAGAUUUCUAAGCAAAUGCAAAGGCAAGAACCAGCAGGCUUUGGGGAAUCUGCUGAUCAAAAGCUGCUUCACCUCACUGAGAAACAAACCGUGGCUCCAAAGUUUUCCACUGUGAAAGACUGUCUCAUGCUGAGCAAACAGGCAGACAGAAGCCCUAGUAAUCAGACGUCUCCGGAUAAAAGACCCGAAGGAAAAACAUGCACUGAUGCACUUUAUAUUCAACACAACAGUGGGAAAGUAGAGCCUACCCUUUGUCUCACAAACAGCGAUGCCAGAGCAAAAGGAGCAGAAAAAUCAACCGCAAGUAGCAAAUGCUCUCAAGAUUCAAAAGGGAAAGGACAAGUUAAUCAAAAACAGCCAGAGGAUGCAAACAAACAGGCUGCAAUAAAACAUUUGUCAGGUGCCAGUGGGCAAAGUUCUUGUCAUGUGGCUGCAAUGCCAGGAAAACCACUGACUAGUUCAGCCAAUUUCUCUGAAUGUAGACAAGAAGCAUUUGUUUUGUCUUCAGAGAAGAGUGAUGCAUCUUCAGCAAAGGUUAAAGCAGCUUCACCUGAGCUUCCUGCGGCCAGCUGCAAGGAACUAAGUAAGAAAAGCACCUCUUCCACAGGGUAUGGUAAGGCAGAAAUGACUAAAAGUGUGUCACUGGUGACCUUGCACAGUGCUGCUGUUGUAGUAGAAGCCCACCACUCUACUUCAAACAUUGGGGGGAAACCUGGAAAUCAAGAAAAGUCUUUUGUUAACACUGUGGAUGUAAAGGGAAAAGAUGCUGUUCAGGCUCAGCAGUCUGCUUCAAGAAAACAGAAUGUAGGUAAAGAUUUAUCUAGGUCAGCAACCACACCUGACCGCCAAAAUGCACUUUCUAAUGACAAAGACUCAGCUCGGCAGCGGCGAGGAAAGGAAGCUUUGCGGAGCAGUCCUCACAAAAAAAACUGUUGACUGUACUACCUGCAGAUAUAACUUCAAAACUAGCUGAAACAAAGACAAUAUAUUUUGACCAUCUUCAAACCAGCACUGUGUAGUGUCUUUGUGUGGCAAAGCUUUCAUGUCACUGACAAAAAAGAAUGGGGAUAUAUAGAAAGGACUUUUUUUUUCAAAAUGCCUUCCCAAUGUUAACCGGUAAAACUGUUACCAUAUAGUAUUUGUACAAAAAUAGAUAUACAGCUGAAAGCUGUUGAAGAAAUGAUUUCCUCUGUAAAUACUUGGUGAUGUGUUUGGGGUUUGAAUGUAGCAUAUAUACUUUGCUGCUGAUUGCAUUGUUUACUCUUCCCUUUUUUAAAGAUAGUUGCUUUGCUACUUAUUUGCCAUACUCAAAUAUGAAACUGAAUUACUAAAACUCACAAGUGGCGUGGACGUGCACAAGUAUUGGUCUAACCUGGAGGAUAAAAACAUGCCACAUUUUUACUUACUAAAAAUCCUAGCUAGAGGUAAAAAUACAAGAAAAGAAUAAACGUGGUGAGUUAUUGUGUGUUUUUACAUGUAUUGUUAGUAAUCAGAUUUUGAUAGUAGUGUAUCUGGCUAACUGCUUCACCAGAUCUAACACAAGAUCUAACUGCAUCUCCCUACUGCACAAAACCUGCCUGGUAGAGUGGGUGUGAUUAAAGAUAAGGGAAGAGCGCUUGGCUAUCACGGCAUCCCAGGAAGAGUUGUGUUCUCUGGUGGAAUGGUUGUGCUGGUCUUGUCUGCUGGGAGUGUAUUCUGUCACCUUUCCCUCGGACAAGGCCGAGACUCUGAAGCACACGCCGUGUCUUUGGUUUCUGCUGCAACCCUCUCUUGGUUUCCUUCAGCUUUUUUAACUUCAGGCCCUUACAGUGUGAGGCACAAAUAUAAGCACAUGACUUGCAGUACUAUUAUGUUCAUCAUGGGUUUUGACGAAUUUAGAGAAUGUGUGUUAUGGCAUCUAGGCCUGCAUAAUUAGCUUCAUACAGCUGUAGCUUUUUUUUUUCUAUUUUAUGGCAAUUAGGGUAAAAAGGAAAAAAAGCAGUUCCAGUAUCAUAUCUUCAAAAAAAAAAAGUUCAGGACAUCCGAUACAUUUUAAUAUGUAGCUGGGGCCUUAUGUUGUAGACUUUAACUUGCUGUUUUUAGCAAGAAAUUCUGGGUUUCACAUUAAUUUCUAAAUGCAUUGAGUAGCUCCAUACAUUUCAUAACAUAAUCUUUUUAUUUGUAUGCAAAAAAAAGAGUAAUACUGUAAUUAUAAAAGAAGCAUUUUGUAACAAAGGAACCUGUUGGAGCUAUUUGGUGCUAGAAUGUGACUGUCUUUUUACUUUUGCUAAGCCUUAUUUAAAUUUUGUAUACUGUGGAACAUGUAGACUUAGAUCAUUUUAGUGUGGAGAUUAUUAGUUUGUUUUGAAGGAUGAAAGGUAAAACAUGAAACAUGUACAGGAGCACUACACAAUAUCCUUGCAGAUGUGUGUUUUUAAGUGAUUGGGAUCAACAGAAUGGUGGUUUUGCUUAUUUCUGUUUUAUGUAGCUAAACUAGACCUAGGCCCAUACCUGUUUCAUUGGGGUUACGGAUUGUCUUUUCUGUCUCAAAAGCUAGAAAUUUGUUCUUAAAAGCACAGUAUAAUCUUGAUUUGGAGGUUUGAUUGACAGCUGAUAGUAUGCAGAAUUAAUUUCCCUCUGGGAAAAGCUUUAUUACACUAAUUAGUUGAGUUGGAUUACAACAAACCUGCUAUGGAAAGAAAAUCACAAACAACAACUUCUGAUUUUUUAUGUGACACUAGAACAUUCAUACUGCCUUUGGUGCAUUCACAGAGGAGCUAGUGAGUGAUGGGUAAUAUUUUUGAUCAGUUUUGAAGAGAAAAUGGUCUCAACAUUUACAGUUUAUCUGUGCUUUGGCAGUUACUACAAAUGAACGCUAAUGCACUUCAAUAUAACAUUUCUGUCUGGGAGGUAUUUCCUAGUUUACAGUCUUCUGCAUUUUUUAACUCUCCUCUUGUUUCCUUUAAAGCACAUCUAGCUAUUUGUUUACAGUAUACCUUUAUGUAUAUUUUGUAUAGUUCAUUAUCACUUCUGACAAAUAAGUUUUUUGCAUUUUGGAAGUGUAACAGUGCGUAAGCUUGUGUUUAUGUAGUACCUGUUCGUUUGUUGGUGCUUACCUUAUCAGUGAGCUGUUAGAGAUCCUCCUACCUGUGUGCUACUUGGUCAGUCUUUCUGUGAUUGUAGAUUUGAUGUGUUCCUUUGUAGCUUACUGCUGUAGAUUGCUCAGCUUACCAGAAAAAAAAAAGAAAAAAAAAAGAAAAAAAAGAGAGAGACAAAAAAAAAGAAAAAAAAAAAGAAAAAGAAAAAAAAAGUUAGGGUCUGUGCAAUAAAGUGUUUGCAGUCUUAUUUUCUCUAAGAAACUCCUUAUGGAUGUCAUAAUUGUUGCAUAUUGAACACAAUUAUUUAUACUUAUGCAGUUGCAUAACAUUGAAAUAAAAAUUCAGCAUGAAA